AUUUAAGUUUACAAUGUCAUUUAAAAUACGUAAUUUUAACGGACCUGUACAUGAAAUAUUCAGUUUAGAAAUAGUAGGUAAUUAUAGUAUCAAUGAUGAGAGAAAAUAUUCUAAUGAUAUUACACAAUUAAAAUAUUAUAGAAAUGAAACUCAAUUUUAUGUUGUGAUGGAUAUUAGGCAAUUUCGACAUUCUGAAAAUACAAGACUCAAAGAAUUUAACACAACGGUCAAUUUCAGAUUUUUUAAUGUUAUAAAAAAUCUAUUUUAUUAUUCUGUCAACAUUUUUUACGUUAUAUACAUGAUUAUUAGGUUAGAGCCUGAUCUUGUUUGCUUAAAAGGAAUAUUAAGAGCUUUGUUAUGUACAUCACAUGAAAGAUAUUAUGGUUGGAUUAUGUGUGCUUUAAAAUUGGAAGACACAAUAUAUUUAUGCAAAUUUGACACAGAAAUAAAAAGAAAAAUUGGGGUUACAAAUUUGAUUACACCAUUCACGGAUCCUGACAUUUCAAAAUGUGUGAACCAAAAUGAAGAAUUUUCUUGUAUAUUUAAGUCAAAAUUUAAACAACAUCAUGUUAUUUUAGAUCUCCAUUCGUUGCUUUCUAUAGGGUCAACAAAAAGGGGUAGAAGCCUUUGUAUUGCAUUUUUAGAAAAAAUAAAAGAAAUUGUUUGCGAGGAGCAAGAUAAGUGUUUAUAUAAAUUUACAUAUGAUCCAAAACGAAAUACAGUUGCUGCUUUUAAACAGAAUCCUAAUAAAUCAGAAUAUACAUUUUUACAUUCAUGGUACAUUGAGAACAUAAAUUCGUCUGUAUUGCAAGGAAAAAAAUUAAACAAUUACUAA